UGGUUGCUGAGUAAACCUUGAACCUAGACGCAUAACCAAUGAGCUUUCCAGAGCACCUCCCCAAAAAACACGCAUUACAAUGUCUUUAUGUUUACACAUGACGCCAAAUGCAUAAAGUCCUCAGAAGGCAGCAAUCUCCUCAGAAGACAGGUGGAAGAUGGGAACGAGUCACACCCUGGAGGAUUUUACUCUGAGAGGACGUACAGCGGCAAUGUUUUAAAAUAUUGCACCUUGGAUUAUUCUCUCUCGUAUUGACCUUUAUCUUAGCAUAUAUUGAGCUGCAGAUUCGUUCUUUUCCAUUCCAAAACAUUACAUUUAUUGCUAAAUACAAACAUGCUCAUGUUAAUAAGGACAGUGUUUCUCUUCUACUUUUUCAUAACUUACUCAGAAUUUGCCCAUUGUAUGGAGAGUGAACUCUGCUUCCCAACUAAACUGGAUGACCAAAACUAUGACAAUAACGGUUUUGACAACGCUAAGGAUAUUCUAAAAGGGAGAAUUAUUCUUAAAAUAAAUGCUUUCCAGCAGGAUUUGGUGCUCGAAUUACAUCCAGAUUCUAAUUUCCUUGCCCCCACCAUCUCUGCCCAGGACCCUGCCUCAGCGUCCAAUGCUGCGGCUGGUGCUGACCUCAGCCGGUGCUUCUACUCCGGCUACGUCAACUCAGACCAGUAUUCUUAUGCAGCAUUGAGUCUGUGCAAGGGUUUGCAAGGGGCAUUCGGUUUCAACGGGUGGGAAUAUUUCAUCACCCCGGUCCGUAAUGACACCACUUUGGGAAACACUUGGAGCGCGAAGAGCGCGCACUUUCUCCGACGCCGUGCAAACCACAACCUUAGCGGGAAUUCAACAUCCAGAUGCGCAGUGGACACCGGUAUGAGCCCCGAGCUCGCCCAGUCUUUGCAGAAAUACAAGCACUUAAACGGACACGAUGUGGCCGAAACAAUGUUAAAGGGCUUGGGUAGAUCCAAAAGAUUCGCCUCUGUCCCCAGAUACGUGGAAGCGCUGAUCGUCGCUGAUGAGUCCAUGGCACAAUUCCAUGGCGAUGAUCUCAAACAUUACCUCCUAACCCUUAUGUCAGUGGCAGCUAGACUCUACAAACACCCUAGUAUACUCAACUCCAUCAGCAUCAUAGUUGUCAAGUUCAUAGUGUUAAACGAGGAUGACAAGGGACCUAAGGUUUCCGGUAACGCAGCCAUGACUCUGCGGAACUUUUGCACUUGGCAGAAAAAGAUGAACAAGAAUAAUGACAAGCACCCUGAGUACUGGGAUACAGCUAUCCUGUUCACGAAGCAGGACCUUUGUGGGUCUUCCACCUGUGACACGCUGGGCAUGGCCGACGUGGGCACCAUGUGCGACCCCAAGAGGAGCUGCUCUGUGAUCGAGGAUGACGGCCUGCCGUCUGCCUUCACCACCGCCCACGAGCUUGGUCACGUCUUCAACAUGCCCCAUGACAACGUGAAGGCCUGUGAGGAGGUGUUUGGGAAGCUGAAGGACAACCACAUGAUGUCUCCCACUCUCAUCCAGAUCAACCGCACCAGCCCCUGGUCUCCCUGCAGCGCCGCCAUCAUCACUGACUUCUUGGACAGCGGACACGGCGAGUGUCUGCUGGACCAGCCGCAGAAGCCCCUGGCUCUGCCUGACGUGCUCCCCGGCACCUCCUACAGCCUGGACCGUCAGUGCGAGCUGGCGUUCGGCGAGGGCUCCAAGCCCUGCCCCUUCAUGCAGCCCCCCUGCGGCCGCCUGUGGUGCACGGGGAAGACCCGCGGCCAGCUGGUGUGCCAGACGCGGCACUUCCCCUGGGCCGACGGCACCAGCUGCGGGGACGGACAGGUGUGCAUGCGGGGGGUCUGCAUCAACAGGCGGGACGUUCACACGGCCAAGGUGGAUGGAAAAUGGGGUAAAUGGGGAGCUUUUGGGUCGUGCUCCCGUACUUGCGGAGGAGGCGUCCAGCUGGCUAAGAGAGAAUGUGAGAACCCAGUACCAUCAAACGGGGGCAGAUACUGCCAAGGUGUGCGGGUCAAGUACCGCUCCUGCAACCUGAACCUCUGCCCCGACACAGGUAAGAGCUACCGCGAGGAGCAGUGUGAAGCGUUUAACGGCUUCAGCCUCAACACCAACCGCCUCACACCCUCCGUGGUGUGGGUGCCCAAGUACUCUGGGGUCUCCCCAAAGGACAAGUGCAAGCUGAUCUGCAGAGCCAAUGGGACUGGCUACUUCUACGUCCUCGCACCCAAGGUGGUGGAUGGGACUCCCUGUUCCCCAGACUCCUCGGCCGUGUGUGUCCAGGGGAAGUGCAUCAAGGCUGGCUGUGACGGCAAGCUGGGCUCCAGUAAGAAGUUUGACAGGUGUGGCAUCUGUGGUGGAGACAACAAGAGCUGCAAGAAGGUGUCGGGCCUCUUCACCAAGCCCAUACAUGGCUAUAACUUCGUGGUCACGUUGCCCGUGGGAGCCUCCAACAUAGACGUCCGUCAGCGGGGCUACAAGGGCAUGGUGAGCGAUGACAACUACCUGGCCGUGAAGAACCACCAUGGCCAGUAUCUGCUCAACGGCAACUACGUGGUGUCUGCCGUGGAGAGGGACAUCAUCGUGAAGGGAAGCCUGCUGCGCUACAGCGGGACGGGGGGCCAGUCAGAGACCCUGCUGGCCGUCAAGCCCAUCCGAGAGGCCCUGACUGUGGAGGUGCUCUCCGUGGGCCAGAUGACCCCUCCUCGCAUCCGCUACUCCUUCUACCUGUCCAGGGAGAGCAAGGAGGACAAGGCCCUGAAGAAGGAGGGCCGCGCCCGCUCCCACAACAGUGUGCUGGCCGAGGAGGGAGAAGAGGAGAAGGGCGGGGACGUCCUGAAGAAGACCUCCUACAGCAAGGAGGGCUCGCUCCCGGGGAAGUGGUCGUCGGCCGGGUGGGACGAGUGCUCGGUGACGUGCGGCGCCGGGCUCCAGAGGAGGAUGGUGCAGUGUCUGGGGCCCGACGGGGAGCCCAGGGCGGACUGCGAGCCCACGCAGAGACCCUCGGCCACCAGGGUGUGCGGGGACCCCUGUCCCAUGUGGGAUAUCGGGGAGUGGUCGCCCUGCUCCAAAUCCUGCGGCAAGGGCUUUAAGAGGCGGCCCCUGCGCUGCACCACCCAGACAGGUCUGCUGCUACCCCGUGACCACUGUACCGGGAAACGCAAACCACAGGAGCUGGACUUCUGUUCCCUACCCCCUUGUUAGUGAGCUCCUCUUCCCCUCCCUCUUCACAGCAUAACCCCCGCCCUAUGGACCAGUACAGCAUGCCGGUCAAAUAAUGUACAGGGGAAAAAACAACCUACCAACAACAACAAGGAAAUCACUCCCAACAAUCAGAUCCAUGUUUUUGGUACAUCGUGAGCAUCUGUCUGCAACGUGGGACAGACAAGACGAUGAAAAACAUGUGUGCAGGGGAGAGACGGUUUUCUGAAGGGUUGUUGACCUUUGGUCACUGAUCGGACAAUCAGCCUUCAGAGGUAGAAGUCUACCUCUGACCAACAUAAUCUGAAAAAAGUUGUGUUCUUAUGUUACAUGGGAUAUCCAUUUAGCCAGAAAACGGUCGGUUUACUUGGUUGUUGAUCAUUAAUGUUGGUUUCAGGUUAUGGUUAGGUUUAGCGGCUAUAACAGUGCACUGUUUUAACAUAUAGAUGGCGAGCAAAUGGUCCGAAAUAAUCAUCAACAAUCAAGAUCGUGUUGGGUGAUGUAAAUCAAACUGACAGUACUGAAAGAACAUCUGAAAACUGGACAAAAAAAUGCUCUUGUACUGCAAGAACCGUCAUCCUGCCUAAACAGUCUACGCUUAAACCCAGGCGUGGAGUGACAACAAUAAGCACAAUAAGCACCAGGAGACAGGAUCUGAUUGGUACAUUCAGUGUUAUUUUAAAGCAUAGAGAAGGCUUUAGUUCAGCUGGGUUAUGUUGGACAUGUCUGUGUAUGAUCUUGGUUCAGUAAUUACUGCAGUUGGAUACUACAGUAUCAAAAAUGAGGCAUUUGUCUUCUAAUGCUUCACUCUUUCCUC